AUGGCGCCUAAAUUUGAUUUGAUUGUGAUUAAUGCGACAGUUGUGACUGCCAGCGACAUCAGCAAAUGUUGUAUCGGAGUCAAAGAUGGAAAAAUCCAAUGUCUUGCGAAUUCAUUCACAGAUGAAGAGCUGGCAGAUACUAAGAUCAUAGAUGCUGAAGGUGCAUAUGUAAUGCCUGGGGGUGUCGAUGCACACGUCCAUUUAUGUCAAGACCUGAAAACUGGACCACAUGGCCUCGGCGGCGAAUGCUCCGAUAACUUUGAGACCGGGUCAAGAAGUGCUGUUGCCGGUGGGACCACUACUAUUAUCACCUUUGCUACUCAAACCAGAGCGGAAGAAGACCGGAGCCUCUUGAAGGUGGCUGAAAGGUAUAACGCCCGUGCUGAGGAGACGGGCAGUUAUGUGGACUACGGAUUCCACAUCAUUAUUGUUCGCAAUGAUGCGGAUAUUCUUGAGAACGAGCUACCGGUGUUGAUCAAAGACUGGGGGAUCAGUAGCUGCAAGUUAUUCUUAACGUAUGCGACGCAGCGUUUGACUGACUCGCAAAUGUUGGAUGUUAUGUUUGCCGCAAGGAAGAAUUCUAUCACCACAAUGAUUCAUGCCGAGAAUGGGGAUAUGAUAGAAUGGUUGACAGGUAAAUUCAUUGCCGAGGGAUAUGGAAUGUUUAAAGCUGACUCAGACACAGAGAAAUUGGAGAGUAAGGGGAUGGUUGCUCCUUAUUAUCACGCCUUGUCGCGUCCUCCGCUUGUUGAGGGAGAAGCCACCAAUAGAGCGAUUGCCUUAGCACAGCUCAUCCAGAAUCCGAUUUUGUUUGUUCAUGUUGGCUCAGUGCUUGGUGCUGCCAAUGUGCGUCGUGCCCAGACUAUGGGGCUGUCAGUCUAUGCAGAGACAUGUCCUCAAUACUUCCACCUCACCUGGGAUGAUUUGAAGCGGUUUCACUCACCAACAUGUUUCGAAAACAGCAAGAUGAUUUGCUCGCCACCUCCACCACCCACUGCAGCUGACCAUGAAGAGCUCUUUGUCGGUCUGUCAAACGGGACAUUUACGAUUUACUCAUCUGAUCAUUGCCCUUUCCGCUACGACAACCCUCAUGGAAAACCAUCCGGUGUGUUAGAACACGAAGCAAGUAUGGAGGGGGAGAGGUCAUGUAGUGGAGAUGAGCUACAAGAUUUAUUGAAACGGAAAGGAGGGACAUUCCGCUUUAUUCCCAAUGGAAUACCAGGAGUUGAGACACGCCUGCCGUUACUCUAUACGGGGGCAUUGGCUAGUGGUCGCAUUACACCGCAGCGAUUUGUUGAGUUGACAUCGACAAACCCAGCCAAGUUGUACGGCCUGUAUCCUAAGAAGGGGGCAUUGAUGCCCGGAUCAGAUGCCGACUUCGUGAUAUGGCACCCGGAGAAGACGUUUUCCCCGUUCAAUCUCACUAAUUCAAUGCUACAUCACAACGUCGACUACACUCCGUACGAAGGGAUGAGGUUCGAAAACUGGCCACGAUAUACAAUUCUCCGUGGUAAGGUCAUGUGGUCAAAUGGUAAGAUAACCGGCAAGGUGCGAGAUGGAGAGUAUGUAAAACGUGGUCCGAGUCAAUUGGGGCCGGUAUCCCCUAGAACUGCUCGCGAUACUCGCACAGUAGCUGAUUGGCUCUAUGAAUAA